AUGAGACAAAACGUUAAUGCUCAACGACGCCAUCGUGCGGAAGAAACUGAAGAACAACGUCAUACCCGCAAUUUCUCUGAAAAUACGAAUAAUGAUAACCAUUCUAUUCCCCAUAAGAUCCACUCUAACAAUUAUUCUCAUUGUAGUUACUGUAAUAUGCUCAAGUUCCUUAAUAAGAACCCAGGAAUGUGUUGCAGAAACGGUAAGGACGAUAUUUCAAAACUUUUUCAUGAUAAUAUUCGCAUUUAUAAUUCUGCAUUUGCGUUUGCUUCCGUUGGCAUACAUUUUGAUCAUGAAUUGGCUAAUGCCGGGGCUGGAGUGUACACAUUUCGUGUUUAA